AUGAGCGGUAAUAAUCCUUAUGCCGUCAACGCCGGGUAUGGGGGACUUCGCCAGUCCAACGACUCCAACCCAUACGCCCCUACAAACGCUUCCAAUUCUGUCUCCGGCAGUCGCUACGCGGAUCCAUAUCUCAAUGCACAGAAUAACGGUUCCUCUCCCUCCGUCAACAGUUUUGGUUCUCAAGAGCGCCGGCGUAGAUCAAACCCAUAUGACCAGCGCGACCGAGAUUCGCCGAGUUCACUGCACUCAACGCUGUCAGGUCAGGGGGGAGGAGCAGCAGCAGGAGGAGGGGGAUAUGGGGGAAUGCCGCGUGCAAGAUUCGGAGACGGGCCUGCUCCUUCGAGGAAUGAAUAUGACCAUGGAAGAGUAAGGGAUACGCGCGAGCACGAGCAGAGGCAGCCAACCCCAUCGUUCCGGGAGAGGGAGAGAGCGUACAAUGAGGGCCAGAGAGCAUACAAUGAGAGUCGGAGUCGAGAUGGCAGAGAGAUGCGAGGACAGAUGCCUCCUCCGUCCAACAUUCCCUCGAGACCGAGUCAAUCCACCCUAAACCAACAGGCGCCCACCAACGGUUACACUGCUCCCCAGAACUACCCUCCUCCAGACACGGCCAACCGACAUUACUCUCCGCGACGUCCACCAAAGAGCAUGGACGAAAUUUUGCGGCACAUACAGUCCAAUUGGAAGGAUAUGGAGGGUGACGAAUGCGUCCCCGUGAAGAUGGCUCUUCGGCUCAUGGACCCCAGUUCGUUGGGCCUUGCCGACAAAGAGGGGGACUUUGCCAACACACACGUCGACCUACAGAAGUGUUUAAAGUCUGUGGUCAACGAGCAUUAUGCCGACUUCAAUAGCGCUGUGGGCACCUAUCACAAAAUCCAGAAUGCCAUCCGCGACAGUCAAAGUCGUGUGAGGCAUUUGAAGCUCGGCUUGAUGAACGUCAAGGACGGCAUGCUGACUACUCGGCCGGAAUUGAGGACGCUGGCCGAACAGAGCGGCGAGCUGGACGACAUGCUCGUCACUCUCAGCAAAAUCGAGUCCUUGAAGCUCAUACCGGGAAAGCUGGAAGAGAAAAUCAGUGAGAAGAAAUUCCUCGGAGCUGUUGACAUCUUGAUGGACAGCCUCAAAAACAUUACGAAAAGCGAGUUUGAUGGAAUUGGCGCCAUCUCGGAUCUUCGAAGCUAUUUCAACAAUCAAGAGAGUACCCUGUUGGAUAUUCUCAUUGAGGAGUUGCAUGAUCAUCUCUAUCUCAGAAGUCCUUAUUGUAAAGACCGGUGGAAGGGGAAGAAAGCCAACGGAGAAGACAGAGAUCCAAAAGACAACAUGAUGGCCGUGGGCAUCAAUGCUUGGGAUCGACCCUUCAGCCACUACCUGAACAACGUCGACCUCACGACACCCAUGGUGGAAGAUCCCACGAAGAAUCCUGAAACCGAUACUUUCUACUAUAUCCACAUGAUUAUUGAAUCGCUCAACAAACUGGGUCAACUCGGGGAGGCUGUUUCGAGAAUUGAGCAGCGAAUGCCAAUCGAGUUGUACAAGGUCGCGGAGAAGACUAACCACGACAUUGAUGCCAAAUAUCCCAGUCAUCUGAGAGCCCAGUUUAACAAAGCGAACCGAAAGACAUACUCGUUGCAGGUGAAUGAUGGGAGAGCACAAGUGUUAUCUGACUUUCUGUGGACCUUGUAUUCCAAAUUCGAAGCCAUCGCUGAGAGCCAUCGAGUGCUGCACGAGGUAAUUGGAGGCAUAGCAGUCAGGGAGAAGGCUAGCAAGCCGGACAAAUAUACCACGGGCUUCAAAGAGCUAUGGAAAUUGUAUCAGAUGGAGAUGCGGUCGAUCCUGCACGACUACCUAGCUACGGACGGCGAUCACUUGACGUUGCGGUCUGGAUUGGGCGGCACCGCCAACACCGACGUCUUUGCUCGACCUCAGCGGGACAGGAACAAGAAGAUGUUCCGCCUGGCGGAGAUGGACCAGAAAUCUGAAUCCAUGAAAGCCGAAGAGGAUGAAUUGAACGAGAUCCUCAAGAGCUCUGUACCGGGCCUCGUCAGCAAAUCCCGGGGCAGGGAUGGCCCAGAUCUGAUAACAGACCGCAGUGGACAGGACAGCUCGGUGGCGGCUCACAAGUUGUUGGUCGAGCCCGGCGUCUUCAACAUGACCAUCUUGUUACCUCCGUCCUUGACAUUCCUCCAGCGCCUGAAGGAUAUUGUACCCUCGACAGCACAUAUCCCCAUGAGCACAUUGACCACGUUCCUCGACGACUUCCUCAUCAAUGUGUUCCAUCCUCAGCUGGAAGAAGCAGUCACGGAGCUCUGUGCGCAAGCCAUGAUUGACCUGGAAGCCUUCUCCGAAGACACGCAGUGGACGAAGCAUUCGCCGCAUCCGAUCUUCAAAGGCACAGUAUCUUUCAUGGCAUUGAUCCGCGCCUUUUCGGGGAUGCUGAGCUCGAUUCCUCAGGAUCAAAUAUUCACCCAACUCCUCAUUGACCAGCUUGUCACAUACUAUGACAAGUGUUAUGGUUUCUACAAGGCUCUAGUGAGUCGUGUGGCGUCUUCGGACAACGACCAGAACGGCAGCACCACCUUGUCGACCAAAACCGCGGCGUCGCUUGCAGCAUCGGGCGAUGUCCAUGAUGUCGCACUGGAGCUGCUGAACUACGACAAAUCGACCAACAAGAGCAUGUCGCGACCCAGCAUGAUCGCCAAAGAGGUGCAGACUCUGCUUUCUACAACCAAGACCAACCCGCUCUCUGCCUACGACAUUAUCUCCGAUCCCAAAUCAGUUCAUCAACUUUCUCUGCUCUACAACAGCAUGCAAUGGUUGGCCGCCGCGCUGGCGCAGAUUCGACAUGUCGAGAGCGGCACGCAUAUGGGGCUUUCACAUGCAAGAAGCGGUUCACAAAACAGGAGCGUGCGGCGGUGGACAUUGAUCACCAGUCUACGAAGUGGUGGAUCCAGCAAAUCGCCCUCGUACCCUGGCGCUGUUGUGCCAGUUUUCCUGCCUCUCACACCCGAGACCGCCAUCCCUUUCGACACGGUGGUGUCCUCCUUCCGCUCACUGGCACAGACAUGCCUGCUGACCCUCCACAUCGACGUCCGGUGUGGUAUCAUCCACCAACUAUCGCGUACGUUACGCGGGCCUGACUAUAAUACAAGCCCGACCUCGCCUUCAGACAACCGAGACUCUGCAGGUGCUCCACCUCUCGAUUCGGGACUCUAUCCUUAUGUCCUGCCUUCUCCACCGUCUUCGGCAUCCCCGCUGAUCCUCGAGCUCAACAAUGAUCUCAUUGCUUUCGACUCCAAUAUCGCGUCCUUCUUGGGCACCCGAGAGAGGAAUUUCAUCCUCAGGGGGCUUUCACAGCUGGUGGACCGCUAUCUCGUGGCCGCUGCAGAUGCGAUCGGGGUCAUGAAUACAAACGGAGCAGAGAGAGUCAGGAUCGAUACCAUGGUGGUGCAGCAGAAUCUAAGAGCGAUACUUGCGAACACGACGCAUAAGCGACGAAGUUGGACCAACGACAACAAGGACCCGGCUGGUCUUGGUAUCUCAGGCGCCGAUGACACCGACGCAGAUAACGACGACGGGCUGCUCACUUCGUCGAGUCGAUACUUCGACCUCUUCCUCACCGGACCAGAUUCGAUCCUCCAAUACGUCCGGGACUGCAAAUCGCAGAAGAAGGAUGUUGGGUACACAUACGACGAGUUGCGUACACUGGUCGAGUUGUGUUUCAGCGCAAAGUUGAGGGGCGAAGACCGAGAGGAGGCCAUCAGGGCGAGAAAGGGGUUACAGGAUGCACUGCUAGAGCUGGGCGAGGGAAUGUGGGACAGCUGA